AUGCCUUCACUUGAUGUUCCUGGAGCCACGCUUCACUAUGAAGUCUUUGGGACCGGUCCUUUACUACUGUGCAUCUCCGGUGCAGACGGACGCGGAUCUGUGUUUCAUGGAGUAGCAGAGGCUGCUUCUGAUCGUUUCACUGUGGUCUGCUGGGAUCGCCGCGGAUAUUCCAAAAGUCUGCUUCACGGGCCGCAAGAACUUCAGUACCGGCUUGAGACAGAUGCGGAUGAUGCCCAGCGGUUGAUUUCUCAUCUCUCUUCAGAAAUGGCCUACGUCUUUGGGACAUCAUCCGGCGCUAUAGUGACGUUGACGCUACUUGCUCGACACCCGGAAGUGGUGAAGAGCGCAAUAGUGCAUGAGCCGCCUGCAUUUACGGUACUUCCAGAUGACCUUCGUGGAAGCGCAGCCGGGUUCAUUCACCAUAUCUACGAUACUUAUCGUGCUUGGGGACCCGAUGCCGCAAUAGAAGUUUUCACGUCUGGGUUUUCCGACUCAGCAGAAGCUGAAAUAAUGCAGUCCUGCAUAUCCUCGGAUAAGGGAGACGAAAUUCGCGCAAACAGUCUUUGGUGGUUCGAAUUCGAGCUGAGGCAAUAUACGAGUGCGACUAUAGAUAUGGAUUCGAUGAAGGCGGUCGCGGAGAAGAUUAUUCCGGCUAUUGGAAGGACAUCUUCUGGCUUAGGCACAGCUCCCACUUCAGUUAUUGGGGAUGAAGUGAGAAGAGCCGUCCUUCAAAUUCCCCGGGGUCAUGUGCACUAUAUGAUCUCGCCAGAUUCACUCGCGGGUGUUUUUAUUGAAUAUUUCAAAUAG